AUGGCUAAGAAACAAAGAUAUAACACUACUCAGCGUAAGGAGCUACGUAAGAAGGAAGUAGACUACAUUAAAGAGUUAGAAACAAAAAUUGACGAAUAUGAUGCUAGUAUAAAUAAGCCAGUCUUCUUUAAGGACUUACCUAUUAGUAAUUCAACUUUAAAAGGUUUGAACGAUUCUGCUUUUCUUAAGUUGACAGAUAUUCAAAGAGAUUCUAUCCCAAUGUCUUUAAAGGGCUAUGAUAUCCUAGGUGCUGCGAAAACAGGUUCUGGUAAAACUUUAGCAUUUUUGAUACCUGUAUUAGAAAAACUAUAUCGUGAAAGAUGGACUGAAUUUGAUGGGUUAGGUGCCUUAAUCAUCUCACCUACAAGAGAAUUGGCAAUGCAGAUUUAUGAAGUUUUACUUAAAAUCGGUACUUCUACUUCUUUCUCUGCAGGUUUGGUUAUCGGUGGUAAAGAUGUCAAAUUUGAAAUGGAAAGAAUUUCAAAGAUUAAUAUUUUAAUUGGUACACCAGGUAGAAUUUUGCAACAUAUGGAUCAGGCUAUUGGUUUGAACACUUCAAAUUUACAAAUGUUAGUAUUGGACGAAGCUGAUAGAUGUUUGGAUAUGGGUUUCAAGAAAACUUUAGAUGCAAUCGUAAGUAAUCUUCCACCAACUAGACAAACUCUAUUGUUUUCUGCUACUCAAUCACAAUCGUUAGAAGAUUUGGCUAGAUUGUCAUUGACAGAUUAUAAAACUAUCGGUAACCCUGAUAUUUUGAACCCAUCUAAUGGUAAAGUAUUAGGACCUAGUACCCCAGAAACUUUACAACAAUCAUACAUUAAUGUCGAACUUCCUGAUAAGUUAGAUAUGUUAUACAGUUUUAUCAAAUCUCACUUGAAAAGUAAAAUGAUUGUAUUCUUAUCAAGUUCUAAACAGGUUCAUUUUGUUUAUGAAACUUUUAGAAAAAUGCAACCUGGUAUAUCAUUAAUGCAUUUGCAUGGUAGACAAAAGCAAAAAGCUAGAACUGAAACUUUGGAUAAAUUCAACAGAGCUCAACAUGUCUGUCUUUUUGCUACUGAUGUUGUAGCUAGAGGUAUCGAUUUCCCUGCAAUCGAUUGGGUCGUUCAAGUCGAUUGUCCUGAAGAUGUGGAUACUUAUAUUCAUAGAGUUGGUAGAUGUGCUCGUUAUGGUAAACAGGGGAAAUCUAUGAUUAUGUUGACACCUCAAGAGGAGGAAGGUUUCCUAAAGAGACUUGCUUCAAGAAAAAUCGAACCAAGUAAGUUGACAAUUAAGCAGUCGAAGAAGAAAUCAAUCAAACCACAAUUACAAUCAUUGUUAUUCAAAGACCCAGAAUUGAAAUAUCUUGGUCAAAAAGCAUUCAUUUCAUAUAUCAGAUCUGUUUUCAUUCAAAAGGAUAAAGAAGUUUUCAAAUUCGAAGAACUCCCUACUGAUGAAUUUGCAAACUCAUUGGGUUUGCCAGGUGCACCAAAGAUCAAGAUGAAGGGAACUAAAUCUGUAGAACAAAUUAAACAAAUGAAAAAUGCAUCCAGACAAUUGCUGUCUUUGGCAAAGACCAAUGAAGACGGUGAAUUAGUUGAAGAGAAGAGUAAACAACCAGUUAGAACAAAAUAUGACAAAAUGUUUGAACGUAAGAAUCAAACAGUCUUGAGUGAACAUUAUUUGAACAUUACAAAAGCCCAAGCUCAAGAGGAUGAAGAUGAUGAUUUCAUUUCUAUCAAACGUACUGAUCACGCCCUAAAUGAAGAAGAGCUGCCUCAAUUAAGUUUACCAUCUUCUAGGCGUGCACAAAAGAGAGCCUUAUCCAAAAAGGCUUCAUUAUCUACUAAAGGUAACGCUACGAGAGUUGUAUUCGAUGAUGAUGGUGCUGCUCAUCCAGUUUAUGAAUUACAAGGUGAAGAAGAUUUCAUUAAAGCAGGUGCAGCAGAAGAUCAAAAAUUGGAAUACUUACAGAAGGAAAAGGAUGUCAUGAAUGAAGUUGAUGUGGAGGAUAAACAAGUUGCUAAGCAAAAGAAGCAAGAAAAGAAACGUAAGAGAUUAGAAGCGAUCAGAAGAGAAAUGGAAGCUGAUAUGGACAAUGAGUCCAGUGGUGAGGAAAAGGUUCCAUUCCUAGGAACAGGUAAUUUAAGCGAUGAUAUGCAAGAUCCAGAUUCGGAUGACGAAGAAGGAUCACGUCUAAGAAAGAGAUCUAGAUUUGAAACAAACAACAAUUACAAUGACAACGAUUCUGAUGACGGUGUUAUUCAAGUUGAAGAACCACAGACAUUAGAAGAUUUAGAAUCGUUGACCGCAAGAUUAAUUGACAAUUGA